AUGAGCACCUCAUCGCCUUCCACGUUUCUACAAAAUGCGGCCCAACAAAUUCUGAACACCGUCCUCCUCAAUUUCAUGACCGCAGACUUCAAAAACCACGUCUUCUACAACUCCAACCACCGCCUCGAGGAGGCGAAACAGAAGGGGGUUACCCUCAGUGACAUCUCUAUUGGAGACGACUGUCUUCCUACAUGGACUGGCCGCACUUGGGACCCUGAUGCAGAGUCUCUGCAUGAUGCUCUUCAAGGUGAUGCCUUGAAUCUUCUUGAAGCUCAGGAGGCUGGCAUUAUGGUCCGUAGGGAUAUCAUCUGGAAGAGCAACCGCAAGCUGGACGAAGCGAGAGCCGAGGGUGGUGCUGCAGCGGAAGAAGCGAUCCCGUUUCUGCUCGAACAUGAUGAAGGGAACGAUGACCACAGUUCCCCCAAAGGCAGCAUCCAUGAAGAUACAGACACUUCUGAAGGAACUCUUGUUAACGUUAACACCGAAGACUCUGACGAGGACACGCUCAUGGUCAUAGAUGAUGCCGAAACUACUGACGACGGCAGUGACUCCGAUAUGGAGUUUGUGGUGAUUGGAAAUGACGAUGAACUCCCCGGCAACGAGAUUGAAACAUCCAACAUCUUCGACCCUGAGCCAUCAUAUGAUGAUUCAGAUGACGACGAACCAAACAUUUUCCACGGCGCUCAAGUCAUGGGCGUCCUGGCCCAACGCUCUAUUGUUGACCUCGAAGUUUACAUCGCCGAAGAUGAUGAGGAGAUUCAGGACCUUCCCCGGAUGGAGUUGGCUAUCGAUCAAGAGUCUUACGAACGGUACUUUGGAACCGAUGGAGCUAUUGAGCUCGAGAUCGUUGGAGGUCGACUCAUUUGCACUGGAGAGCUUUUUGAAGAGGACCAAGAGAUGACAUUGGAUGAUGUGGCGGAUGAUUUGGAGAUCUUAUCACUCACGGCUAGCGACGAAGAAUAA